AUGGCCAUGCGGCCCGUAGACCUACUAGCAGAAUUUGUCCUCACGCUUCGUACUCAGACCAUAGAAAGCCAACUACGAUGGUUUUCAAACGGCCGUAGGUCGCGCUUUGGCGGCUGCACCUUCGCAUAUGGAACAAGCACCGUCAGAUAUUGGCGCUACACAGUAUACAUCCCUACACUACACCAUACACGUCCAACACAUAUACAGUCCAUGCUUGCUGAGAGACCAUAUACCCGGGGCGAACGUAAGGAUUAUUUUGCGGACAUGUGUCCGUCAAGGAAAGCCUGGUGA